AUGGUCAACUCCUGUUGUGGCUCUGUCUGUUCUGAGGAGGGCUGUGGCCAAGGCUGCUGCCAGCCCACUUGCUGCCAGCCCACCUGCUGCAGGACCACCUGCUGCCGUCCCAGCUGCUGCAUUUCUAGCUGCUGCAGGCCUUCCUGCUGCCCCGCCAGCUGCUGUGUGUCCAGCUGCUGCCGCCCCAGCUGUUGCCAGACCACCUGCUGCCGCCCUAGCUGUUGUGUGCCCCCCUGCUGCCGCCCUAGCUGCUGUGUGUCCCGCUGCUGCCGGCCUUCCUGCUGCCCCCCCAGCUGCUGCGUGUCCAGCUGCUGCCGCCCCAGCUGUUGCCAGACCACCUGCUGUCGCCCUAGCUGCUGUGUGUCCAGCUGCUGCAGGCCUUCCUGUUGCCGCCCCAGCUGCUGUGUGUCCAGCUGCUGCAGGCCUUCCUGCUGCCGCCCCUGCUGUAGCAGUUCCAGCUGUUGUGGAUCCAGCUGCUGCCGCCCUAGCUGCUGUGUGUCCAGCUGCUGCAGGCCCCAGUGCUGCAUCUCCAGCUGCUGCCGCCCCAGCUGUUGCCAAACAACCUGCUGCCGCCCAGCAUGCUCUAGUUGUUCCUGCUGCUGA